AUGGCACCUCCAUGGGGCCAUGGGCUUUUCAUUGCCCAGUGCUUCUUAUGGGCACUAUGCGUCUGUGUGGUCGCGGAUCUGUCCGAACAAAUUUCCGAAGACGUUGUGGCUUUCGAAAGCGUACGGAUUGUGGAACCUGCAAAUGACUCGACCACAACGAAAACGAAACCCGGACCUCCCCGAGCUGUUAUCCCAAAGCAGGACAGCAGCGAAGCUUCACAGACUGUUGUAGCGACAAGGCGACGUCUGAGAGGCGUUCCCAAGAAAAUGAACGCUACAUUGGCAGCAACUGUGAACUCGGUCACUGACCUUAAGUCUUCAGCUUCGGGAUACCAUGGGAGUUACGGUGGAGGACACGGAGGAGGCGGACACGGAGGUGGGCAUGGAGGAGGUGGACACGGUGGUGGGCACGGAGGAGGCGGAGAUGGUGGUGGGCACGGAGGAGGCGGAGAUGGUGGUGGGCACGGAGGAGGCGGAGAUGGUGGUGGGCACGGAGGAGGCGGAGAUGGUGGUGGGCACGGAGGAGGCGGAGAUGGUGGUGGGCACGGAGGAGGCGGAGAUGGUGGUGGGCACGGAGGAGGCGGAGAUGGUGGUGGGCACGGAGGAGGCGGAGAUGGUGGUGGGCACGGAGGAGGCGGAGAUGGUGGUGGGCACGGAGGAGGCGGAGAUGGUGGUGGGCACGGAGGAGGCGGAGAUGGUGGUGGGCACGGAGGAGGCGGAGAUGGUGGUGGGCACGGAGGAGGCGGAGAUGGUGGUGGGCACGGAGGAGGCGGAGAUGGUGGUGGGUGGACACGGUGGACAUGGAGGCGGUGGGCACGGCGGUGGUGGACACGGUGGACAUGGAGGCGGUGUGGAGACGGUGGUGGUCAUCACGAAAAAGGUGGUGGCCAUAAACAUCACUCUGAUCACCACGCCAGUCAUGGUAGCAAAGGCGAUAAAGGGUACAAAGGUUAUCAUGACCAUGAGAAAGGAGAGAAGGGAUAUCAUGACAAGGAGGGCCACAGUGGACACUACAGUGAUCAUGGGGGUAAAAAGUCAGAACAUCAUGAAGGUGGCGGCCACCAUGGCGAGCACCAUCACGGUGAAAAGGGAGAGAAAGGAGCCAAGUACGGUGAAGAGGGUGACCAUAAGAAAGGUCAUAGCACGAAGGGCGGACACAACGUGCACAAGAAGGACGAAUAUGAGAAGAAGCAUGAGUUUUACGACGAGCACCAUGAGGGAGGCGAGCACAGCAAGUAUGGAGAGUUCCACGAUCACCACGAGAGUAAAGAGGGAGGCCAUAAGAAGGGCGGUCAUCAUCACGGCGGACAUCAUGAAGAACAUCACGGAAAGAAGGGACAUCACGAUAAGGGGCAUCACCAUGACGACCACAAGGGCCACAAGGGCGAAAAAGGUCACGAGGAACACCAUGGGCAUAAAGAUGAACAUGGCAAAAAGAGUGGCAAAGAAGAAGGAAAGAAGUGGGGAUACAGCAGUAGCUCGGGAGACGGCGGAGGAGGAGGUCACGGUGGACAUGGCGGUGGACACGGAGGACACGGGGGUGGUGGUCAUGGCGGAGGUGGACACGGUGGACAUGGAGGCGGUGGGCACGGCGGUGGUGGACACGGUGGACAUGGAGGCGGUGGACACGGUGGACAUGGCGGCGGUGGACACGGAGGAGGUGGACACGGUGGACAUGGCGGUGGUGGACAUGGUGGCGGGAAACACGGCUGAGGCCAUGGUGGUGAUAGUCAUGGAUGGUGAAAGAUUGAUUUUGCACGGACAAUAUUAUCUUAAAUAUAUAGGUAUUUUGACACCGGUUGGAAUGUUAUUCCUGUGUCUCAGAAUGCCACCGGCCAUGUGAUUGAUUUUGGGCAAAUUGCCACAUUAAAAUAGACUGAUAAAUCAAUAGUCCUGCUCGUUAAUUUGGAGCGGUACUUGAGGAUUAAUAUGUUUGUUACUUAUGAAUUACAGCCAAACAUUAAAGAUGUGAAAGAAAGAGUUAAAUUUGAU